ACAUAAGCACUUGGCACAAUGGUAGAAAGCUGCAAUAUGUUUGGUUUGGUGACACUAUGUUUGCUUUUCUCUGUGUGCCAUGUAGUGUUUCCACAACAGGUAUUUCCAGGCCUGAGACCUAGAACUUUGCCUUCUCAGGAGCAUGCGCAACAGUUGCCUGAUUCAGUUCAGUCACAGCAGCCAGUAUUCCAAGCAGAAGCUUCACCGAGAUGUGCUGUAGAUGUGUCUGAUAAAGUGCCGUGUGGGCAACCUGACAUCAGUGCUGCUGAAUGUGCAACCAUAAAUUGCUGCUUUGAUGGGCAACAAUGCUACUAUGGGAAGGCAGUGACUGUCCAGUGCAUUCGAGAUGGCCAGUUUGUUGUAGUGGUGGCUAAAGAUGCCACACUGCCCAAGUUAAGCUUGGAUUCAGUCCAUCUGUUGAGUGGAAAUGAAUCCUCUUGCAGCCCUGUUGGAACCACUGGUGCCUUUAUAAUUUAUCAGUUCCCUGUCACAGCUUGUGGAACGAAGGUGUCUGAAGAAGGUGGUUAUAUAAUCUAUGAAAACACAAUGACUUCAUCUUAUGAGGUGGGGGUCGGACCCCUAGGUUUCAUCACAAGGGACAGCCAAUUUGAGCUCCUCUUCCAGUGUAGGUACUCUGAAAGUGCAGUUCAGGCACUGGUUGCACAGAUCAAUACUGUUCCUCCACCUCUACCAGUCGCUGUUCUUGGACCCCUCAGAGUGAAGCUUAGACUGGGCAGUGGACAAUGUGCCUCUAAAGGAUGUGUGGAAAGUGAUGUGGCAUACUCCUCGUACUACAGUGAGGAUGACUACCCGGUCACAAAAGUUCUGCAGGAGCCUAUAUAUGUUGAAGUGCACAUUUUGGAGAGAACUGACCCCAAAGUUGUCUUGAACUUGGAACGCUGCUGGGCAACAUCCAACCCUAACCCACUCAGCCUGCCCCAGUGGGACCUUCUAGUUAAUGGGUGCCCUUACCAGGAUGACCGUUACCUGACCAGCUUGGUUCCGGUCAAUGGCUCCUCUGGCCUUCAGUUCCCCAGCCAUUACAAGCGCUUCGUUGUAAAAAUGUUCACUUUUGUGGAUCCUGCAUCGCUGAUCCCUCUGAAGGAAAGGGUGUUCAUCCACUGUAGUACAACAGUGUGCUAUUCAACAGCAACAGACUCCUGUGAACAAAGAUGCAACCGACAAAGGAGAGACGUCUUCAGAUUUGCAUCAACUAGUCCGGAUGAUGUGGUCUCUAGUGGUGAACUGAUAAUCUCUGUGUAACUGAUCUACUUUUAAAUAAACUUGAAC